AUGCACUCCAGGGACACCCCGCUGCCGAGGACCCGUCUCCUCCGGAACCUGCUGGACUUCAGGGACGAGGCGCGGGCGGUGCUCUCGGCAGAGCAGAGCGCGCAGCCAAAGAUGGCCACGACCGCGCUGGCAUCGCUGACCAGCACGAUCCAGGAGCACCUGGAGUACAUCCUGCUGCCCACGCCCGCCGAGAUGAGGUGCAUGUCCAGCGAGUGCCUCGACCUCCCCAUCGUCACCGGGCGCCCCCCCGACCUCGACGGCCCACACGGCGCCGCCCUGGCAGCGCGGCUGGCGCCCCUGCGGGGAGUGGGCAGGGGCACGCGGCUGGCGAAGCUGGCGGAGCUGGGCGCCGGCAUGCGGUGCUUCAAGGGCGCCGUGAUGUUGUGGUGCGACGUCGUCGCCACCAUGCGGCGGCAGUGGGACGACGGCCUGGAGCCCUUCACGCCGGCGUACCCGCCGCCCUCGCCGGCCACCCGCCGCGCGCCGGCGCGCGGCGUGCGGGCCGAGCUCUUCGGCGCGGCCGCCUGCCUGGCCCAGCAGAAGCUGGAGAUAUGUUCCAGAGAAGCGUGGAGGGCCGCGGCACGAGCCCCGUCCUGCCGGCGUCCUCGGCGGUGCAGCUGGUGA